AUGGCACCGCAAAGCGGUUACAGCGUGGGCUGGGCAAUAACCACGUUCAAACACUACGGCUAUGCUGCCUUCAGACGGUACCGCCAGCUGGGCCUCUUUCUGUUGUGUUCCCUGGCCAUCUACAUUGCCAUUCCGACCACGUUCAUUGUGUUCGGUCCGGACCGCAUAGGCCAGGCGCUGUAUGAUCUCGCACAGAAGAUCAGUCACUUGUGGUAUGGCGGGCUGAUUCUGCUGGCUGUGCUAGUGGUCAUCUCGUUCCCGCCCUGCAUAGGCCAUUCCACUGUCUGUACCCUAUGCGGCUUCGCGUAUGGAAUGAAGGGCUUUCCUCUCGCAGCCGCCGGAUCGCUUCUCGGUUCUGCCCUCUGCUUCAUCGUCCUGCGACUGUUGUUUAGUCGGAGACUUCACCAAUGGUCCUCUUCUAACGAGAAAUGGCAGGCCCUCGAGAUUGUCGUCGAUGCGAAGGGCCUGCCGCUCAUCACGCUCAUCCGUGCGUCACCCUUCCCGCCAUGGGUGUAUUCGAACGCUCUGUUUGCUUCCAUUCGGGCGGUGGCUCUAUGGCAGUUCUGCAUCGCGACCUUCGCCGUCUUCCCGAAGGUCGCUCUGCUGGUCUUCGUGGGCUCACGCCUCGCAGCGCUAUCGGACGGCGAGACCCGAAGCCACAUGGAUGCUUCCACCAAGUGGCUGAAUGUCGGACUCUCGGUGGGAGGUACGCUGCUAGGGAUAUCAGCGAGCGUUAUCGUCUAUCGCGCCAUGCAAGCGGAGAUCCGCCGCUUGCAGGGUAUCCCUACAGACGUGGAGGAGCUGGCUGCUGAAGCCAUCGAGGAGGCUGUCGAGGAUGCAGAGGAAGGUGCUCCGCUCCUGGGGCACGCGCGAUGA